AUGCCCAACGGACGCCUCAAGGCGCGCGCGCUCGCUCCCCAUUGGACGCUACUUUUCCGGCCUGGUUGCGGGAAGGCCGCUCAUUGGUCCAGUGUGGCUCCGCCCACCCCCGCGCUCACCACGCCCACAGGAAGCGAGGGGAAGCUUCCCCAUUGGCUCUUCGCGCUGCCCAGGCGCCCUAUUGGCUGGACUCGGAGCCACCGCCCCCACCUUUGGGCCAAUAGUUCCGCCGCAGCAAUCAGGAGCCGAGGCAAUCAGGGCAGAGCAGCCGACCGUGCCGGGGUUGCUAAGCUACGCGGCUGGAGGCGACGCGGCGCCGGGCAGCUCGGAGACCGGAGCCCGGGCCCGAAGAUGCGGCGGGCUGCGGAAGGCAGGAGCGCGGCUCUGGCCCGCGCUCAAGCACAGCUGGCCGGGAGGCGAAGGGUCACGCAGAGGGGUCAGGGUCCCGCAGGUGCUCCUGGCAGCGUCACACUCAGCAGCAGCAGCAGCAGCCACUUGUCUGCCAGUGAGCUGAGCAAUCUGGGGGGCCCCACUGCCCCAAUGGGGAGAAAGGAGUGGGAGGGCCAGAGCAAGCCUGCUGUGCUGCCGCAGCCCAAUAGCCGCUUCUUAAAGCAACAGGCCCUGGCGCCCAGAGAGCCUGGACCAGCAGGGCUCCAUCCUGCUGCCAGGAGGAGCCUCAGCACCACCGCCGCCGGCUCCUCCAAGGGCCGGUCCAGCGCUGUCCUGAGAAAGCUGGCACAGAUCGAAAGCAAGCUCAGGAGCCGGAGGGCUGGGCCAGCCGUGAGCCGCGGCCAGCAGGCGCCGUCUGAUGAGGAGCCUUCCUGGAGCAGGUCCAGCCGAGACAACGCCCAGCACUGGGCAGCAGGAAGGCUGGAGCGAAGCCCCCAGGCGGAGGCGGCGCCCCUCCCGCCCGAUCCUGCUGGGAGCGCACCAGAGCGGACCCCCUCCCCGCCAAGCAGGCGGCUGGGCGGGGCGGCAGCGUCCUGGCGCCUGUCCUCGCCCGCUCUCCUCCAGGAUUGCCCAGCGGCAGGUGCCGCCUCUCUUUCUCCAAGGGGAGGCUCUCUGUCUGGGCGGAGCCCCAUCAGGUCCCUGGAGGAGCUCUUCUCGGAAGCCGGCUCCAGCAGCAGCAGCGAGUUCCGAGUCAACGUUCUGAGCCUUGAGGACUUGGCACCCAGCAUGGCCGGCCAAGAGGAAGAGACACAGGCAACCAGAAGGUCGAGCCAAGAGCUGGGAACAAGCGGAAGCCCCUUUAAGGCCCCAAGUGCCGUUGUGGGGGAAACGGCCAUCCUGAAGGAAGAGGAGGACCAAGGAGGAGGGACGGAGAUCUCGGAGCGCCUGAGUGGCAGCUCUGCUGACCGCUCCCUGGGCCAGCCGACGAGCCCCGUCAACACCGAGUAUUCAGACGACUUUGAGCCCUCCGUGGCAGAGGACGUGGAAGAAGCCCCAUCUUCUGCUGAGGGUUCCCAGGGCAGUACGGAGGCCUCUCUGCGCUCUGGCCCGUCCAAGCUGCCCCGCCACGGCUCCCCUCUGGGGCGUCCAGGAAGCACCAGGCCAGGGGUGAAGGAAGCAGCUGUGCAGACAAGUGGCUCUUGGCCUGCUGCUCCCUGGGGGCUAGCUGAGGUCGCAAGUGCUGCUCUUGGCCAGACUGCAGCAGCAGGAGGAAGUUGUCCUGGGGAAGCCCCACCCGCCCCCAGUCCCCCAGGGAGCAUGGCCGCCCUGGAAGCCCUGGUGAGCGGCAGCCCGGCCAGGUUGGUGCUGAGCGACAUGUUGCAGCAGAACCUGCUGCUGAUCCGGCACUUCGUGGAGGCCACGCGCCACCUUCACGCCUCCUUUGUGGCCUCGCUGGAGGAGGAGGAGUUCCACUACCACACGCUGGAGGAAGCCAAAGCGUACAUCAAGCGCCACAAGCCUCGGCCUCUGACGCUGGAGCAAGCCUUGCGAGAACGAGGAGAGCAGAGCCACACGGAGGCGCCGUAGGAAGGAGCCCCCCCCGCCCCCCUCCGGGCAGGGACUGGCCCCCCCUGCAAUCCCCCGAGAGAGGGGGCCAGCCGGCACGUGGGUCACAAGACGACUUGCUGCUGCUGCUGCCGCCGCCACCCCCACAGGAGGAGCCUCAGCAGAGGACCGGCCAGGAAGGGCUUCGGGCCCAGCAGCCCACCUGGAACUGGGGCGUCGGGCCGCUGCAGGCCAGCCAGUGCUCCCCCCACCCCCAGUCCCCCCCCUCAAUAAAACCUGACCCUCGUAUAGAAAAA